ACAAUGUGUCAGUGUGCUGUCAAAAAAAUUUAAACAAGAAAAUUGUGAAAAUAUCAGUCAAUAUUUAUAAUACAAAAUGGUACUUAUAGCUGCAACAGUAUGUACGAAAGCAGGGAAAGCGUUAGUGUCCCGACAGUUUGUGGAGAUGACGAAAGCACGUAUAGAAGGAUUAUUAGCGGCUUUUCCAAAACUAAUGACUGGUGGAAGGCAACAUACUUUUGUCGAAACAGAAUCUGUCAGAUAUGUGUACCAGCCAUUAGAUAAACUGUAUAUGUUGCUGAUAACUACUAAGGCUAGUAACAUCUUAGAGGACUUGGAAACAUUGCGGUUGUUUAGUAGAGUUGUGCCCGAAUAUUGCACUCAACUAACAGAGAUGGAAGUAUUGAACCAAGCAUUCAAUUUGCUGUUUGCAUUUGAUGAGAUUGUUGCACUUGGCUACAGGGAGAGUGUCAACUUGGCGCAGGUUCGGUCAUUUGUUGAAAUGGACUCUCACGAAGAGAAGAUAUACCAAGCAGUGAGACAGACUCAAGAACGUGAGGCUGCGAAUCGUAUGCGAGAACGCGCUAAGGAGUUGCAGAGAGAGAAACUUGAGGCAGCAAAACGCGGACAGCCGCCACGCUCCAGCUCCGCAUUCAGCGGUGGUUUCGGUAAUUCGUCACUGGCUUCAGUGACAAUGCCAGCGAGCUCGCCAGCAGCUGAGAAGUUGCCCUCCACACCCGUUAGAGAAACUCAAGCGGCCAGUACAGCUAUGAAGCUGUCUUCUCGCGGCGCGGAUGUAGAUUCAUUCGUGUCUCGACUGGCCAAGGAAGGAGACGUGGCUGCGCUCGCGCCGCAGGUUACAGCUGUCGCUAAGGAUAAGGCACCUAUUCCAUCCGAUCAUAAAGAUGUGCAUUUACGUUUUGAAGAACGUUUGAGUCUGACUCUAGGACGUGAUGGAGAUAUACAGAACUUUGAACUCUCAGGUUUAUUGACUCUGCGCAUAGAAAACGAGCAGUUCGGACGUAUUCAUGUGCAUGUUGAUAACAAGGAUACAAGACCACUACAGUUGCAGACUCACCCCAACGUUGACAAGGAGGCGUUCAGGUCCAGCGGGGUGGUGGGGCUGAAGCAGGUGCAACGCCCCUUCCCCCUGCACAGCGACGUUGGAGUCCUCAAGUGGAGGCUUACCGGCAAUGAUGAUAAACUGCCUCCACUUUCAGUAAACUGUUGGCCGUCGGAGGGCGCUGGCGGCGGCUGUGACGUCAACAUCGAGUACGAGCUGGAACAGGACCAUUUAGUGUUGACAGAUGUCGUCAUCAAUAUUCCAUUGCCAUCUGGCAACACAUCGUUAGUCGUCCACCAAUGGGAGGGCAGCUACACUCAGAAGGGCCGCACUCUGCUCUGGAGCAUUCCGGUUGUUAAUAAACAGCAAAAAUCUGCAAGCUUGGAGUUCACUGUAACACCGGCGAUUCCGAACGAUUUCUUCCCGAUAACUGUCACUUGGACGUCAGACACGUCGUUGGCGCAACUCACAGCUGUCAAAGUGACGCAAGCUGAAGACGGCUCCCCUGUUGAUUUCUCGCAGGAUAUCAGCUUCCGUCCGGAUAAAUACGAAGUCGUUUAAAUAAUCAAUUUCUAAUAAGCUUUUUAGAGGUAAGGUUAAUUUUUAUUAUAAAAUUAUUUACGUGUUACUUGUCAAAAGAAUAUUAAUAAAUUUCGCGCCGUUAUACUUAGAGAUUGUUAAAUAAAUAACUUUAAAACAACAUUAUCACUAUCGUUAAAAAUCUUCCAUGUCUUAAAAUGAAAAUUUUUCAUUCACAGCACAUAAAUAUAGUAUAUUUAUAGAUUAAAAAUAUUUUUAAACUCUGUUUGACUUUUAGGUUACUUUUGCAUAUUACAAUAAUGUAUGUUUGAAUUAUGAAAUAUAUAAUUUUAGCAAUAAAA